GCUGAAUCCGAAGUCCGCUUACCAGCACUACGCAACAACUAUCGAUCAGACUGUUAUCGGUUGCAACCAUCGAUUACUUACACAUAUCGCUGGGCAGAAACAAGGAAAGGAUAGAAAGCACUCGAAGUGAUUUUUUACAUCAGAUCUAUUGUUAACGCAACAGCCCCCAGAGAGCCAGAAACUUUCGAGCACAGUCAAACGCAGAAAACGAAACGCCAGCGAGACGAGGACGCCAAGAUGAUUAAACUAUUCACGCUUAAGCAGCAGAAGAAAGACGGCGAGCAAAAGGGCAGUCAGCAGAAGAAAGCUUCUGCCGCCCAGCUGCGCAUACAGAAAGAUAUUAACGAACUGAACCUGCCAAACACUUGCGCCACAGACUUUCCCGAUCCCAAUGACUUGCUCAACUUCAAGCUUAUCAUCUCGCCCGACGAGGGCUUCUACAGAGACGGGCGCUUCGUGUUCAAUUUCCGCGUCGGAUCCAACUAUCCGCACGAGCCGCCCAAGGUGAAGUGCGCCACCCAGGUGUACCAUCCCAAUAUUGACCUGGAUGGCAACGUCUGCCUCAACAUUCUGCGCGAGGACUGGAACCCAGUGCUGAACAUCAACUCCAUCGUCUAUGGCUUGCAGUUUCUAUUCCUGGAACCCAAUCCCGAGGAUCCGCUCAACAAGGAGGCGGCCGACGUCCUGCAGACCAACCGCCGUCAGUUCGAGAACAAUGUAAAGAAGGCGAUGCGCGGAGGUUGUGUGGGCGAGACCUACUUCGAGUGCUGUCUGCUCAAGUGAUAUAGGGAAUCGCAAGGUCUCUUACUUUAAGCCUGUCCAUACACCUCUCCCUACACCCGCUAACUGAAGAAGAUGAAGCAAAACACAGACGAACAUCGGCGACAACAAAUUAUUGUAAUAAACGAAAGCAAAAUCCACUGCGUGCAAAGAAGAAGCCGAGUCAAGUCACCAAUUUCUAGUUUUUAAUACAAUUCAUUUAGCAAUUUC